AUGAAGGAUGAUUCUCGUUGUUCUGGAUACUUUCUCGUUUCGGGUGAAAUCGGACCUAUUUUCACCCGAAACUCUGGCAAAUGUCUCGUGGACUGCGUCAACCUGAAGAUCGUAUUAAAGCCAAACGACUGCCGUAAAACGGGAUUCAGCCGUCGUCUUCUGGUUAGAUCGACCUUCGAAUAUCUGCGUCAUGCAAUUUCAUACGAACUCAAAGUCUUCCCAACAAUAUCUUUCCAAGAGGUUAAUCAGAAACAUGCUUUUUCUCGUAUCUACACUAUACGUAUGGCUCAAUUUCUUGUCAAUUGUUUUCUCGCUCCACUAAUCGUGAAAAUUUCCGCCAGCGAGUUGGGUCAAUUCGAUUUGUAA